AUGAAUAAAUGUCCGCCGCCGUACUGCAAAACUGACCACAAUGUCAGUCAGGCUAUUCAGCAUUCCGCCGUAAGGUGGGGGUUGCUUGCCCACACGGGCGCUCCGAUUCGAGAGAAAAAUCCGCUAUGCUCACUCUUGAAUAAAGUUCAUGGUUUUGGCACUCACCUUCAGAAGAAGGUGAGUACGGGUAAGGAAUCAGGUUCAGCAGAUCACAGGCUGGCUGUAGUGGAGCGAUACAUGUUUCUGCCGCAUGAACUCCGCAACUGGAUCCCACUAGGCAUCAGUUCAGUUGAGUACCAGACACAACUGAAGACACUUGUGACAAUGAAAGUAAUGCAGAAACUUCAAACGUUGCGUAAGGAGAUCGAAGUUAAAUUUCAAGAACAAUUUGGUUUCAAACUGCAAGAUGCAACAUUUACGAAAAUCGUAGCGUAUUUACAUGAGCCAAAAGACGCCUCAAGUCUCGCUGUCACCAGGAUAUUGUUUGGACUGGCGAUGUUAUUCGACAUCCCGGACGAGCGUGGCGGUGCGGCCAUGGAGCGUCGGUGGGGAGACCCGACCACCUGCCACUUUCCCCUGCUGCCGCUAUUGCAGCCAGUGCCCAUGCCGUACAUGGCACUCGUGUACGCGGCCAUGUGGAUAGGUGCAGCAGGUAUAAUGCUCGGAUACAAGUAUGGCAUAUCCUCCACCAUGUUCACACUCUGCUACUGGUACUUACUGUUGAUUGAGAAGAGCUUCUGGAACAACCACAGCUACUUGUUCGGGCUAGUUGCCCUGCUGCUGACUUUCACGGACGCCGCUUGCUAUUGGUUGUUCCUGACAGUCCCUCAGAUUGACUACCUGGUGGUGCACUGGUUCAUCUUCGCGUUCGACUUGACUGUAGCAUUGUGGAUGAUGUGGGGCCGGACCAGACAUGUAUCCAUGCUCUUCUGCGCUCUCUUUCAUCUCAUGAAUAGCAGGCUCUUCAGAAUUGGUAUGUUCCCUUGGGUAUGCCUAGCUACGAUGCCUUUGUUCUAUCCAUUUGAUUGGCCAAAAUUAAUAGGGAAAUUUGUAAGUAAGCACUCCAACAGUUUGCGAAAUAAAAUAUGUUCGAAUAUACCACAAUGUGCAAAGGAAUUUCAAUGCGAAACAGAUCAUUCAAGAAUGGACGUUUACGAUGAAUGUUCAUGUUUCGAUGAAAUACCAGAAGAUCAAAAUAUUAUAAACGAUGAGUCCCUUGAGCAAACCGACAAUGAAACUCAAGAAGACGGCGGACAUGAAAAUGAAGGGAAUAACAAGGAUCUUGUUCAAGCUUUUUUAGGUGGUAAUGAUAAAAAAUGUAUCUUUAGAGAAAAGAAAGAAAAAUCUACACUCGAAUUGGAGCAUUCAAAUGAAUCAGAUACUGCCAAGAAUUUUACAGUAUAUAUGAUUAUAUUUCAUAUUGUUACCCAAUUGUUUUUACCAUUUUCACAUUUUAUCACAAAGGGCUAUAAUAAUUGGACCGACGGACUUUACGGCUACUCCUGGGACAUGAUGGUCCAUACUUGGGAGUCACAUUCGACUAUCAUUAAAGUUGUAGACAACGAGAGACAUCACGAGUUCUACGUAGACCCUAGCUUAUUCACUCCCAACGACAGAUGGACUAGACACGGAGACAUGGUUAACCAAUACGCGCACUGUCUGAAAAACAACAUUUUAGACACGAAUAAAAAGAGUAACAAUCGCAAAAUAUCCGAAAACAUAUCAAUUUAUGUGGAUGUGUGGUCAUCAAUGAACGGUAGAUUUGCUCAACGCAUGUUUGAUCCUAAGGUAGACAUGUUGAAGGCGAAAUGGGCCCCUUUCGAAGCUGUGUCGUAUCUGAUGCCGGUCUUGGACGAAGCUUUGAGUUGGCGAACUAUAUUAGAUGAGAUCAGAGAAGAAGUACACACUUGGAAUAACUAUAGCGAUGUCUCGUUUUUUGCUGACUUUCCCGAAUAUGCUCAAGAGAAAUUCAUACCUGAAGAACUUCAGAAUGUCACUCUCAUUGUAUUACAGGGUAUUAUUGCUUACGAGCCCGAGCUUUCUGCACUUUUCAAUGGUCAAACCACCAAACUAGAAACAGGCGAUAGUAUCCACAUCGAACCAGGAACUUUUCACAAAGUUCUUAAUAUCGGUGAAUCAUACGCCUACUACAUGUACACGUUCAUCAACUCAACCGAAAUGGCUGUUGGAAAUAAAAAUAAUGUUUUGAAACCUAAGUUGCCUAUAGGAAGUGAGUUGGCAAGAAGGUUCAGCAAUAUGAUCAAAUUCGGUAGCUUAAUAAUCAAGAGUAUUUUACAAUUAUUCUUGCGAAUGUCCACUUGCCAACAAUAA